AUGAAUCCUAGUGAGGUGGCAUCGGCAGGGAUACACCCAAUUGAACUAUGUGUGCAUUCGAUUUUAUCGAGUAACCUGGAGGGCAUCUACCAGGCUAUCACAGAACUGCGCGAGUCUCAAGCACUACUGGUGAUGAAGUUCAACCAGGUGAAGAAGUCCUUCAUGGAUGAACAGGAGCUUCUGCAAGAAGAAGGGUCCCUCAAGGAGGAACUAGCUCGCGUGAAUCAGCUUAAAAAGCGGCUGGAUAAGCUCACUGAGUUGUAUGCUGAGCUUGCCCGCAAGUGUGGUGCGCUUUAG